AUGUUGUUAAGUAUAAAAAGUAUCUUAUGGAUGUACUCUACGUUAGUUAUAACAUAUAUGCUACCUAAAGUUAAAGCAGAAAAAAAAACCCUGGUAAAGGCAUCUCUCUCUGGAACUUCCGUCCUGCCAUGUUUCUUUUCAACCACACCCACUAUAGCCUCCAGCUAUGCAGCUGAGUAUCUUCGAAUCAAAUGGUCAAAGGUUGAACUCGAUAAAAGUGGAAAAGAUGCAAAAGAAACCACAGUCCUGGUGGCCCAAAAUGGCAACAUCAAAAUUGGUCAAAGCUACAAAGACAGAGUGUCUGUUCCGACCCAUUCAGAGGAGACUGGUGACGCUUCGCUGACUAUCUCUAAGCUGCGUGCAAGUGAUGCAGGGGUGUAUCGCUGUGAUGUUAUGUACGGAGUUGAAGACACACAAGGCAUUGUAUCAUUGGCAGUUGAAGGUGUUGUAUUUCACUAUCGCGCAGCAACCAGCAGGUAUACUCUGAAUUUUACACAAGCUCAGCAGACUUGUCUGGAUAAUGGUGCUGUCAUAGCAAGCCCAGAACAACUGAAAGCAGCCUAUGAAGAUGGAUUUGAGCAAUGUGAUGCUGGCUGGCUGUCUGACCAGACUGUUAGGUAUCCAAUUAGACAUCCAAGAAUUGGCUGCUUUGGAGAUAAAAUGGGAAAGAAAGGAGUCAGAACAUAUGGACGCCGUUUUCCUAAUGAAACUUAUGACGUGUAUUGCUAUGUGGAACACAUGGAAGAUGAAGUGGUUCAUGUCUCAGUCCCUGAGAAGCUCACCUUUGAGGAAGCUAAGGAGCUGUGUCGGAAAAGAGAUGGCGUUCUUGCUUCUGUUGGGAACCUCUAUGUCGCCUGGAGGAAUGGCUUUGACCAGUGUGACUAUGGCUGGCUGGCGGAUGGCAGCGUUCGUUACCCAGCCUCAGUGGCAAGGCCCCAGUGUGGUGGAGGUUUACUUGGGGUGAGAACCCUGUAUCGCUAUGAGAACCAAACAGGCUUUCCUUACCCAGAUAGCAAGUUUGAUGCCUACUGCUAUGAACGUAAAAAAAUCAUAACAGAGCCUACAACUGUUAAGCUGAUUACAUCUCUGAAAACUGACAGUGUGAAAAUGUCAUCUGCUAAAGUUACUCUUAAACCUCCUGUUUUUGAGACUCCGAUUACUGAAGUGGCUGUCACCAAAACAGAGGUCCCUGCUUUGGAGGAAACAACCUUAGAGACUGAGGAAGAUACAGAAAUGACUACUGAUGUGGCUGAGGAAAAAAGGGAAAUGGAGGUGCUUAUGGAGAGCAUUAAGUUAACCACCCUUCUACCUCAGACUGUCACAGAUGGAGAAAUGAGCACUUACGAUACACUGGGAAGGACUGAAUACGAUGUUUCACCUAGGUUAACAGAGAGUACAUCUGCAGCUUUGGAGCUGGAGCACACUUACUCUGAAGCAGAAUUGCCCGAGGAACAAGGUAGGUCUGAAAGCAUUGAGGACGCUUUCUUGACCUCUGUAGUUUUUCAGGAUAGCACUGCUGUAGCUAAGAGUUCCCCUGGUUCAUGGGAAGAUACUGAAACAGGAGAUAUACAAAAACAUGAUGCUGAUAAUCAGACUGAACAAAUAGAAGUGGGUCCUAUGAUGACAGCUACAGAUAGCUUGUUACCAACAUCUCGGAGAGAGUUUCCCAGAACAGGGACUUCAGUUUCACUAACAAAAGAGAAUACGUAUCUUGGUGCCCACUCAACAAAAGAACCCACAAAAAAGUCAAUGGAGGCAAAAUCUGAUGAGAAACUUACAACAGUUGUUGUCCCUACAGCUUUGUUCACUGAUCAGUAUGAUCUUACUACAGAGGGGGAGGGCGGACAGAGCAUGUACACCGUUAUGCCUGAUACAGUUUCUGGCAUGGCUGCUGGUAGAAUCCUGGAAUCAGAUGUGCCUGCUGCAUCAGAGACACUCAUAGAUGAGCAUGCAGUAACCACUGGACAAUUUUCUACAGCAGAUGAGUCAACUCCAUUUGUUAAAUUUAGUUCUGCGACGAUGUUUGAUAGUGAGGCGUCAGCUGAAGGAAGCAGAGAGGACCUGAGCGAUGUGCAGCCUACUGUGUCAUCUGGAAUACCUGUAUCCUUUUCUGUAUCAGCUGUUAAUCAAACCGGAUCUGAGGCCAUUGCUCUCUCAGGAAGUACUGCUUCCCCGCAAAACCUUGGAGAAAGCACCACGUAUGUUAUCCAGUCAUCUCAGCAAACAAAAGGAUCAGACAUUUUAGAGGAGCAAGGAAAAACAGAGGAGCCAGGAACGAGAACAAUGGAUGUUAAGCUCCCGACAACCGCCAUUCCUACCUGUAUUACAGCAGAAUCUGAGGGGUGUUCUGCAAGUGAGAAGUUCACACAGGCUUCUCCAGCUUCUGGCAUGUGGCUGCUGACAGAUAAAGAUCAGGGGUAUAUGACGGAAGAGUCGUCUCAUACUAAGAGAAUACAUGAGCUAGAUACAGAAGAUGGUAUCUCUGGAAUGGAGCCUACAUCAUCUCCAGGGCAAAUUACAGAAUAUACAAGGUAUCCAGGAGCUCUGAUUUCAGCAAUUACAGAUGAAACUGGGACAAGCAUGGAGCCAGAGGAAACAAAAAGUGAUGAAGAAGCUGUAUCAGCUGAUUUUGAUCAAAGUAAAGAUACUACAGAUUUCUCCCACACAAGCAGCUCUUUGGAUUUGGAAAUCAUCACACUACCCAAAAUAUCAGUGGAUGAAAGUAGCGCAACAAUGAAGCCUUUUAGCUUCUCAGGUGUCACUGUAUUACCAACUGCUAUGCCCACAGUCAUGGAGGUAACUGAACAUGAAGGAGAUGAAACAUCAGGGUAUGGUUUGAAAAUGUCCAUUCCUAUCCCAGAAGUUGAACAAAAAGAGGCUACUGAGACAUCGGUAGCAACGCCUGGUGAAGAUGUCUCUACUGAAAUGGAGGUCUCAAAAUACAGAGUGACAGAGGAAGGCCAGACGGGCAUUCUGACAUCAGCUGAGGAGGAAUCAGUGGCAACACUUCAAGACAGAAAAGGAGCACCAUCAACUGGCUUUGGAGGGACAAAGGAAUCUAUUAUAUUUACAGAUAUAACAAAGGUAGAUACUACAGUUCCACAGAAAGAACGUGAUGCUUCUGUAGUUCCAGUUACUGUAGAGAGUGAGGUCACUAGAGAUAUACCAGCUACUGAUCAGACUCCUUUGGAUGGUAUCUUUCAUACAGAAGCAACAGAAACAACUGCAAGAGAUAGUGAGGUGUUCCCAGAGGAACUUUCCACGGAUGAUCAAGAUAAGGAACCAGUUACUGCCACAGAGUCUACCUUAUCUAUGACAUCUGUCCAAAUACAUGAAGAAAAGACAGCACCAGCAUCUGAAUUAUCUCAAACAGCUAUUCAGGAAAAGCAGGAUGAGACAGGGUCAGCUUAUGAUGAGACAUAUCCAGCAACAGAAGUAUCAGUGCCUGCAGUGAAGUUCACAGAUUAUGGAAGAGUUCUGGGACCUGAUGAAACUAGCACCAGGACCUUGCAUCUCAUUGUGACUCCGAAAGCUGAAACUGCUACUGAUCAAGAAGAGAAGGUCACUGAAGUGAUGCCUGUAACAGUGGAUACUGAAGCAAAAACAUACGAAAGCAGAGGAACCCCCACAAAGGAAGAAGACAGUGAUGUUGUGAGCUGGGAAUCUAUGUUGCCCCCCGAUACGAUGCCGACAGAUCAUUCUGCUGUGGAAAGCCAUACUCAUCUGACUUUGGGAGCUUCUCCAAGCCAAACUCUGGAAGGUUCAGGAAUAUCAGAAGAACCUGAAGAAAUGAAACCAGCUAUAUUUUCAGCUAAUGCAACAGAUAAGGCAACAAUUCUCAGUGAUGUAACAACACCUUCCGUUAGUUCCGUAGACAAAAUUCAGCCUACAUCAGCAUCCAAACCUUUUGUUACUCAAAAGUCACCACGUAUCAUUCCUGAGGAAGAAGAGGAGGUAACAAGCAAUGACAUCAUCAUAAUUGAUGAAUCUAUUUCUCCCAGUAAAGCCACUGCAGAUGAUGAUCUGACAGGAAAGAUGUUAGAGCCAGAAAUCGAUAAGGAAUAUUUCACAACAUCAACUGCUACUGCAGUUGCACGACCUACUGCACCACCCAAAGUGAAGGAGGCCACAGAGGCUUUACAACCUCAAGAGGUGUCUCCUUCUACUUCACACCCUGAUAGUGGAAAUGACAUAAGAUUGUAUGUUAUUCAAAUCACAGGCAAUGAAACAG